AUGCAAGUUGCACAACCGACGAUGAUUGCAGUCUCAAUGGACACGAAGGGCAAUUCCUCGUGGGGCGGGCAGAUCAUUCGUGACAGGCAGGACAAGACGCUUUUCCAUCUCAUUAUCUCACAGUUCGCAUACGGUUGCGGGCUAUCUGGCUGGAGACCCUUCAGCACCGUCAUCAGAGCAGAGUCCAGAACGGGGCCAGCUGGUCCUUACCACUUUGCUCAAGAUCUGCUUGGGCCGUUCCGCCAUAACCCGACAACCAUUUGGAGCCCUGCAGAUGAGAAGUAUCUUCUCUACACUAUCGGAAUCGAGACACAGCUGCCGACAACCUGUAAAUCAUUCAAGUGGGCCAAUAAUAUCUCGGUUUCAAGCGCACCCGAGGUUCGCGGGCCCUGGUCAACUCCGCAGAUCCUGAUCAACGGGACGAACCCGACACCAUGGCCAAUGUGGACCCCGGAUGAUCCAACUUCUGAGAUCGCACUCGGCGCUGAGGACAACAUGAUCUACGCAGCCGAUGAUUUCUCCAGCCCGUACAACCUCAUCAAGACCAUGCCCUGGAAUACGUCAGACUACAGCGACCACUGGACUGAGGAUCCAUUUCUAUGGCGCGACAAGCGCGGAAAUUGGCAUAUUCUAUGCCACUGGAUGAUCGACAUCACCGAGCGAGGUGAGAAAUUUCCUCGGGUAGGAGGACACUUGUUCUCUAGAAACCUGACAGGAGACUGGACUUUCAAGCUCCAGGCAGCAUACAACACAACUGUACAGUUCACAGACGGCGGGAGGACGGAUUACUACCGCCGUGAACGGCCCAAACUGUUUUUAAGCGAUGAUGGGCAGCUCACGCCGCUGUUUCUGACCAAUGGCGUGCAAGAGUUUAACAGCUCAGGCAGUUAUACGUUGAUCCAACCGAUCGGAAAGGGUGCGGAGACAUUUGAAAGAAAACUGGGAUUGUGA